CGGUUACACACGAUAAUUAAACCAUUAUUACCAAACCUAUAAAAACAAAUACUUCAAACAUACUUAACAAAAACGUUCUAAACAAUUUCAUAUUACCCAUAUGUUCGUAUUUUGUUUAAAACCUACGCUAAACAAUAAAAUUGAAUCAAAAAUGUAUUAACUUGUCAAACUUGUCAGUAAUAUUUUGAUGUAAACCUCCCUUUAGCAUCUGCCAAAUAUUUGGCUUGUUGACAUAUCUGAUGUCACACUGAUGUCAUAUGUCAACUAACAGAAGAAUUUUAAAUAAAUUUUAAAACGAAUCUAUAAAUUCGUUUAAAAUAAAUUUGUGUAUUUAACUCUCGAUUUAAUAAAACUCUCAAGUCGUAAAUUCUCGACAAAAUCAAGUUUUUCAACAGCUUACAUGUAUGCAACACAAAUUACACUAUUUUCAUUGUUCAUUGCUGCCACUAAAGAAAAAAUGAAUUAUCAAAAGUCAAAUAUUGCUACAGAUUCGUUUUUACGUAAUAAUUUAAAUAAAACAAUGAACGCUCAUUGAAGCAUAAAUAAGGGAACAUAUAUUCAGAUUUGUCGAGUUAUACAUUCAAAUUCAAAUUUCACGAAAUUGAGAUAAAUUAUGCAAAACACAACGCUUUAUUUUGUAUAUUCGGAUGUGUCGAACCAGAGAAUAUCGGAAAAAAGAGUCAAUUUGGCAAUAGCGAAGAGACUAAUAGAUGAAAUAGUACAAAUAUUUCUAUGUCAACACACACACACACAUGCUUCCUCAUAUGUUUUGUAAAUAAACAGCAAAAAAAUUGUCACCUGUUGAAAAUUUGAUUUAUUUUCUGUGAUAUUAUUUAUUCAACAUAAUUUUAAACCGCGUCAAUGGCAGAUAGAGAGAAAAAUACUCCAGGUGCUUCAAAUAUAAGUAACAAAAGUACAACCAAUAUUUCUAGACCGAAGUUAAAAGAUCUAAUAGCAGAGAGACGCAAACAGAAAUUAACCGAUUCUAAUCAGUCCGAACUAAUGGAUCCUUUCGAGGCUGUGAAUAAAUAUAAAUCGAACGUAGAAAGACGUACUGGUUACGUAGAAGAAGAAAGCCCCGAGCACUUUUGCAAAUGGGACCCCCUGUACCCCGAAAACGCCGAACGGGUGGCCUGUCCAAAGCGAAGAUUAGCCGCUUUGAAACUCCGAGAAAGGUGCGUUAACAUCGUCCCUACGGAGCUCCCCGACAGAGCCUUCUUGAAGCUGCACACUAAAAAUUUGUACGAGAAACUCAAAGCCAUUCGAAGCGUAACCGACGACCAGCUCGAGCACGAAUCGUCCAAGUUCGAUUCGGUUUAUUUUACUCAGCACACUUUCUCGGCCGCGAAAUUGGCCGCAGAAGCAGCGAUAGCGCUGACGUUAGAGGUAGCAAAAGGCAACUUGAAGAACGGUUUCGCCUUGAUAAGGCCCCCGGGGCACCAUGCGAUGGUUGACGAAUUCUGCGGUUACUGUUUCCUAAACAACGUAGCCCUAGCAGCCCAAACGGCCAUCGAUGAGGGACUGGCGAAGAAAGUUCUAAUAGUAGAUCACGAUGUGCACCACGGGCAGGGCAUCCAACGAAUGUUUUACGAUAGAAAUGACGUGCUUUAUUUUUCCAUCCAUCGCUACGAGCACGGUCUCUUCUGGCCUAACCUGAGAGAAAGCGAGUCCGAUUACGUGGGAGAAGGCGCGGGAAAGGGCUACAAUAUUAACAUCCCGUUGAACGAAACUGGCCUAACAGAUGCUGAUUACCUAGCGAUUGUGUUGAAUGUUCUGUUGCCUGUAGCUUACGAGUUUAAACCCGACUUAAUCCUUAUAUCCGCUGGUUAUGAUUCUGCUCUAGGAUGUCCUGAGGGCGAAAUGUUGGUCACGCCACACUUUUACAGCCACUUAAUAACCCUCCUGUCUGGGCUAGCUAAUGGUAAAAUCGUCGUGUGCUUGGAGGGAGGAUAUUUUCCGGAAUCCGUAGCCGAAGGAGUAGCCUGUACUUUGAAGGCUUUAUUAGGAGACGCAUGCCAUCCUAUUUCCGCAAAACCAGAAAUCAAUUCUAGUCUUAUCGAAGUCAUCAACAAUACCAAGUAUUUUUUACGCGACUACUGGGAGUGUUUUAAACAAGACUCGCUAUUCUCCUAUCCGAAAAACGUGGAACUGCAAAAUUGCUUAGAUGUUGAUAAAACCAGUGAGCAUCUGUCUUGUUUAUCUUAUAAAUUCGUUCCCAAAGAGAUGACCGAGUUCGAAACAACGGGAUUUUACCCGAUCAGAACAGAAGAUGAGGUUAAAAUGUAUCUAAAAAUGGUCAACGAUCUCAGGAAUGAGUACCUUAUAACUGGAGAGAAACCGAAUGUAGUCGGUUACGUUUACGACGAUUUUCUUCUAAAACACAAACCGGCAGGUGACCACGGAAACAUACCGGAAAGGCCCGAAAGGCUGUUGGAGAUCAUCAAAACCUUCGACCAGUUCGAUCUACUAAAGCGAUGUAAAAAAAUCCAAGAAAGCGACCGUGACCCGGCGAAGUGGAUCAAAAUCGUGCACCAGGAGAACUACGCGGGUGAUAUUUUAGCGCAGAAAAACGUCGAGCAAAGGCCCGAUUGGUUCUUUAACGCAGACACCGCGAAAUGCGUGUUGAAAUGCGUCUCUAACAUCCUAUCUCUGGCGGAAUCCAUACACGAAGGGCACGUUCGGUCCGGUGUUGCUGUGGUGAGGCCCCCGGGGCACCACGCGUGCUUCGACGAAGCCUCCGGAUUUUGCUUCGUCAACAAUGUAGUUAUAGCCGCCGAAUAUCUCAUCAGGGAGAAGAAUUACAAAAGGAUACUAAUUGUGGAUUUUGACAUACACCACGGUAACGGGACUCAACGGCUUACUUACGAUAAAAAAGAGAUCAUGUACAUUUCAAUUCAUCGGUUCGAUAAGGCGAAAUAUUUCCCAUUUUCGCCCGAAGCUAACUACACCUACACAGGCGAGAAGGAAGGAGAUGGUUACAACAUCAACAUACCAUUUAAUAAGGGCAACAAAACCGAGCACGAUUAUUGGACUGUCUGGUUGAAACUCGUGCUGCCGCUGGCGUAUUCAUACAACCCGGAAUUCGUAAUCGUAUCGGCUGGAUUCGAUGCAGCUUAUUUCGAUCCUUUGGGCAACGGGUACAAAUUGACGCCGGAAAUUUAUGGUCAUUUUGUGCAAACGCUGAAGCCGCUCGCGUGCGGGAAGCUGCUCGUCGCGCUGGAAGGCGGUUAUCACCUCGAGAGCACCGCUCUCUCGAUGACCAUGUGCGCGAAAGCUCUUCUAGGUGACGAUUUGCCUGUGCCUAAACUAAGCGGGAAAGUCGAUCCGGAUACUAGAGAGACCAUUCAGAACGUUCUAUCGGUGCACCAAGAGAAGUGGAAGGUGCUGCGAGUUAAUAAAAAAAUUGCGGGGUUCAGUUGCACCGAGGAGGAGCAGCAGCUUUUAGAAGAGGCGUGCCGGGAAGAAAUGUGCAAGAAAGGGACUGUUGAGAAUUUAAGGCGAAUGUUUAAGAAAAAUAUAAAAAACGUAGAGUAAUUUAUUUCUCAUAAAAAUAAUGCAUUUGUUAAAUUGCACUUCAUGCUGGAUAACUUUAAAAAUUUUAGUUACUUGAAUUAACGUUGACAAUAAUUAUUGCUCAAUCAUUAUUGUGUGAAAAAAAACUAAUCUCAUGGUAAAUUUGCAUAACCAAAAAUAUUUUUGUAAUGAUUAAAUUAAUCUAAUAAACACUUGUAGAUAUGACGUAUCAAUAUUUGCCUUAAAAUUGCAAUGUCAUUUUAUAGUUUUCAUUCAAUUUAUGUUUAAUAAAAACACUUACAAUUUUAAGACUUCUUUUUCUUUAAGAUAGACAUUUUUCCCAAUGUUUGUCAUAAUUAGACAAGUGUAACAAAACAACUUAUCUCGAUAUUUGAAAAUGCAUUUUUUCUGUAUAACUGUAUAACAUAUUAUUAUAAUACAAUAACUUAGAAAAUAGAAUACCAGAUUCAUUUUAGUUGUAAAGUACAAAUGCAAAACGACAAUAGAAUUAAAUGAUAUGAUUUACUGCUAUUGCUCAAAUCAGUAACAGAUAAUGUCGACAGAUAAUUAAUUGACUAGAAAAUAAUGAAAUGAAUGAGUAAAUUCUUGAUUUGUUAUUAGGGGCGAAUCAACGGCUUAAGAAGGCUUUAUAUUUUUUUAAAUUAGAACGGAUAAUAAUAUUCAUAUGAGAGAUCUCUAUUAAUAAAUUUACACAUAUUAUAAUGAAUUGUUUUUUCACCUAUUCACCAGACAAGUAAAUCACAAUGAUAAAAAUAAUGAGGCCGUCGUGUAAUUCAUAAAUUUAAACAUAAUCAACAACAAUUUCAUAACUAGCGCGUAAAACAAAAAAAUUACAAGUAUCAGGCACUUAUUUAGCACAUAAAUAAUAACACAAGGAUUAUAUAAAAGAAUAUGAAACGUUACAAUAUCGUAUCAAAAAUACAGUAAGUGGAAUGAGAGUUAUCAUAUUAUUUUCAUAUCACAUGUACCUUAAAGAAACUCUAUUUAUUGCGAACGUAGAAAAAACCAGCCGCUCCGGAUUUAAUUUGAGGCAAUUCGUUUACAGGACUCGGAUGAAUCGAUAUCGAUUCGUCGUUAAACAGUACCCAAGUACCUUUUUUAUCGUUUAAAAGAGCCGAAGCGUAAUAAUGACCGAAUUGCAUUCCUCCUGAAUGUUGCACGACUCCGUAUAAAUUGUAUCUGUACUUGCCAAAUUGCAAGUCGUACAAUGGAAAACCUACUUCAACCUCAUUCUUGCGGAACGUACCAUCAGAAUUUGCAAUAUACCU